GGGCAGUCCGCCAGGGCUAGCGGAUUUCCAUGAGUUGUAACGGAUCUGCACACAUCCCAAGGCACUGACCGAUACUAAAAUUACCGAUAACGAAGAAAAUCGUGAAACGGAAGCUCCUAUCCAGCGCCGAUCCAGCACCUGGUGGUCUCGACUGGUCAGAGACGAAGAUAUGUCGAGGAUGGAACAUAGCGCGAAAAUUACUUUACUUGUCGAUAUUCUUCGCCGGUGCAAGACUAGCGGGGAGAAAGUCCUGGUUUUUAGCCAGUUUCUUUAUACUUUGAAUUUUAUCGAGGAAUUUCUCGCAGGUGAGGAUGAAAGAAACAGAACGAUCCCGGAAAACAACGAAACUAUUUCUCAUUUCCCCUAAAGCUGGUGGCGUUGGGAUAAAUUUGGUAGCCGCAAACCGUGUCAUUCUUUUUGACGCGUCGUGGAACCCGUCGCAGGAUGUGCCAAAUAUCUUCCGCGUUUAUCUUUUGGGUCAAACGAAACCAUGCUUUGUUUAUCGCUUCAUCGCACAAGGGACAAUUGAAGAGAAAAUUUAUGAUCAACAAGUCACAAAGCAAUCGCUAUCAUGCCGAGUGAUCGAUGAACAUCAAAUUAAACGUCAUUUCAGUGAGGGGGACUUGAAUAAGUUUUAUGUAUACGAUCCCAACAGUCACCUAAAUCGACCACCUUCACCGAAGCCAAGAGACAGUCUGUUGGCUGACCUCGCCCUCGAAAGAAAGGACUGGCUUCUCGCUUUUCCAGAACAUUUCAUUUUUAACAUUUCUCAUCGCUAGGUGGCAGUUUGGUAUGUUUAUUGU